AUGCUCUGCGCGUACUUGACUGCUUUCGACGCAUCGCCUCCGUCGUCGCCUCUCGCACUCCACUCGACAUGUCACGUCAUGCCUACCUUUGUGCUUGUUCCGCGAUCACAACAGAGCACUCCCUUCGGCCGCUCGCCAAGCGGUGCCAUCUUGCGGCCAGAACGCCUUGCCGAUACUUGCUGCCGUGCCGCACCGACCGCCGUGCCAGACAACGCCUACGCGGUAGCCCGUCGCUGCGUCUCGCCGAACUCUCCACUGUCGCCGCCCGACUCCGCAUUCGGGCUCGACGCACCCCGGUCUCCUGAACUCACCCGGCCUGCAACAACGACCAGUGCAGCGCACUGGCCGUCCUCGCCAAGCCUCUCUGCUGCGUCUUCUGAAGGCUCCGCAUCGUACUCGGCCCCGGAGUCGUCGCUAUCGUCGGCAGACGAUAGCGUCACUAUCCCCGCCGCACAAGACGCGUCGAUGAGCACCGACUCUCCCGCUGUUCGGAAGAAGCAAUCGGCCGACCAGCUGUCUGCCUCUGGGUCCUCGCUCACUCUGCGCGAGAUCCGCGUCAUCGCCGGCGCUCAGCGCCAGCUGCAGCGCUCGCCGACGCGACCUCCUCACUCGCUGCUGCGACCCGACGACAUGAGUCCUGCCCUCAGCGCGCGCCGUGGCUCGGCUCAAAGCCUGCGGCUCGACGUCGAGGGUCUGGACCUAGGCUCAAGACCCGCAGGCUCUUCGAAGUUGACCGGCGUUCCUGUCGCACACUGCAGCCACCUCGCAGCCGGCAACUCGACGCCAAAAGCGACGUCGUUCUCGCCGCGCCCCGACGCCACUUCUGCAGCAGAUAGCUCGUUCAACCAGGACAUCUGGUCGACGCUGCCGCCGCCGAAUCGCAAGGCUCGCUCCACUGCCGCAUCGUCAUUCUCCAGUGUGCGCGAUGCGCACCUCGGCGCGAAGCUGCUCUCCGAGCAGCAGUCCCAUCUCCGGGCCGAGGACUCCUUCGCCGCCCAUCUGCGCGACCAGUGCAACGAUGCGUGCGAGAUUCUCUCGUCCGAACGCAUGCUUACCGCUGCCGACGCGGCCUACGAGCAAGAUAUGCAGCAGCACUUUUCAGAUCGCUUCGGCCUUGGCGGCACGCUCUCGCCGAUCGAGAGCGACAGCUCCUGCUUGUCGGUGCAGUCCGAGGAGGACGACCCGGCCGGACAGGUGCUGGGCGGCUUCGCAAGUCUCGGGCCCACUCUUGACGCCGGCUCCGGCUUUGCGAUGCUCGGCGGCGCUGCCUCGGCACCGAGCGAAUGGAGCACGCUCGAGCCGCGCGACGGCGAUGCGCGUGACACCCUCGACCUGCUCAGCAUCGACGAGAUGGGCAUGCACAGCGUCAACGUCGGCAACAUGUCCAACUGGCACGGCACGCGGCUUUGCGGCGCGGGCCCCUCCGACGUCGCACGUACUGCCCUAUCAGUCGCACGGUGCACCACCAACGCCCGCAAGUGGGUCGUUGCGCCCGCCGAGGGCUCCGAGGACGAGCGUGCUCGCCGCGCCGUGAUCGUCUCCGACCACCACACCUCGAGCACUCGCAAGCGCGACUCGUCGGCGCUGGCCAUGCAGCAGGCAGGCUCCUCGACUGGAGCCUUUGCCGACUCGACGCUGUUCGAGCUCAAGUUCCUGCGUGGCGGAGCGGGUGCGCCGGAUUGCACGGUGCUGCUCGGUACGCCCGCGGCCCAGCGUCGCGGCCUGCAGCAGGAGGACGAAGACAGCGCCAGCAAUUCUCCCGAGGCGCUGUACGGCCAAUGGUACCUGCCCGAGGCUCGUCGUCCCUCUCUUGGCAAGAGCGUCAGCCACGAGGCUCUCUCCUACGAGUUCCAGAACUCGCAAGCCAGCGGCAAGUCGCACCGCAGCGCAGCGCACGCAGGCGUCGAUGAUGCGCUCUCGACGACCGGCCUGGUCUCUCGCACCUCACGGACACUGGCCCGUGGCGUUGCUGCACCAUUCGCCGACUACGACUUUGCCCCGCGCGACUCGCGGCCAAUCGAACAGGCGCUGUCGUCCUUCGGUCUCAUCGGUCCCUCGCGCGCACGCGAGGUGGACCCGCUGGACACGCGGCACACCUCGUCGAAGUCGUCGCAGCGCUCCAGCGAGCUCUCCUCGCGGCGGUCACGCAGCCGCAGCGCAAGCAAUCAGAGCAGCGGCAAGGCUCGCAAGGAGAUGACGCGUAUCGAGCACUCGCCCGCGCCGUCCGCCACGAACGGCUCCUCCACGACGGGCCGAAACUCGAAGGACAAGCGCAUCGGAGACUGGUUCCGCAAGCGCAGACCGACGAACACCUCGCCAAACUCGCCGCAGCUGGCGCCGACGAUCCAGACCGAGUCGGGCGAGUGGCAGAGUCAGCUGGCCUCUUCGUCCGGGCGCGAUGCGGUCUCGCGCUCGCACCACAGCACGUCCACCACCAGCAUGAGCGUGGGCGACUCGGAGAUGGACGGCUCCGUCGCGGAGCAGUCGGCCUUCGCGCCGUCCAGCAUCUCGCCGUCGUCGUCGCAGGUUCCGCCGUCCGGCGCCUCGACUAUCGACUUUGGCAUGUUUGACUUCCCGACGAGCAGCAGCUUUGGCGCGACGACAGAGAGCGAGGAGAUUCUUAGCGACGAGCGACCAAAGCGCAAGGCACCGCUCGUCUCCGGCGCCAUCACGCCCUCGGCGCUCAACUCGUGGCUCGCAGCCGGCAACGGCGCUCGCCGUCGCAGCUCGUCAGACGACAACAUCCUCCUGACGACGUCGGUCGCGCGCCAGCGGCCAGCGCACAAGUUCGCCGGCUCGCUCGGCCUCCACGUUGCCAGCUCAGCUCCGCGUCACCCAAGUCCCCUCGCCAGUGUGCCGCAGGACGCUGCAAGCCUUGCACUGCUGGCCUCCAUGGACCCGCUGAAGCGCCACCGCUCCAUCGCUUCCGGCAUGAUCGGCCGCCCACCGUCGCCGCCGCCUCAGCGUCAGGACGAGGCGAACUUGCCGCAGCCGUCCACGCAGUCCGACUACUGGCCGUCAUCGCUGAACCGCACGGGCCGUCCGCUGUCGAUCGCGCUUGGCCAGAUCGGCCGCGCAGCCAACGCCGCAGCUGCCGCUCGCGAGCACGCCGCGGCUGCCGGGCUCGACUCUGUCGCUCCGGGCACCCUGACGAUGCUCAUUCCGCUGCCACUGCCCUGCGGCAGUGUGUCUUCUGGAUCCGCGCCCACUCGCAUGCUGCGCGUGGCCUUCGUGCCCUUCGCGGGCGACCAGCUCGACCUCCGCUCGUUCGGCAGCCCGCGGCUCGGCGGCUCGCAAGAGACGAGCCCGGCACACUCGCCAGCAAGCAGCACGUGGUACCGCAAGCUGGCGCAGGUUCUGUCGCACGGCAGCUCGGAGAACGGACAUGCACGCCAGGCCGCCGCCUCUGCCGCCGCUGCGGCCGAUGCAGCGCAACUGGCUGCGAGUGCCGCUCCUGUGGAGCCUCGCCGCCGUGCCUCGACCAUUCCCGCAUUCCGCGUCACCGCGCUCGUCGUCGAGGCCUCGAGUGCGCCGAGCAGCGAGAGCGGCGACGCACCGUGGUCCGGCCUCGCGCCGCACAAGACGGGCUCGCUGCCGUCCGAGGCCGAGGCGAUGCGCGACUGGCUGCCGCAGCCCGGCACGUUCCCGCUUGUGCUUGCGCUCUGCAACGUCAAGCGCAGCCUCGAGCUCGUGCCCGAGGGCUGGGCCUCGCUCGGCCUCGCGCCGCCCGGCCAGGAGGCGUCGUACGACGGACCCACGUUCCGCGGCCUCGAUGGCGUGGCGGACCUCAUUGCCGCUGGCUGCGCCGCCGUGAUGGAUCUUUGA